GGCGCGGGCGAGGCGCGGCGGGCGGCGGGCGCGCAGCAUGGCGGUGGAGGAAGAGGGGCUCCGGGUCUUCCAGAGCGUGAAGAUCAAGAUCGGUGAAGCCAAGAAUCUGCCCUCCUACCCGGGGCCCAACAAGAUGCGGGACUGCUACUGCACCGUGAACCUCGACCAGGAGGAGGUGUUCAGGACCAAAAUCGUGGAGAAGUCGCUCUGCCCCUUCUACGGAGAAGACUUCUACUGCGAGAUUCCUCGGAGCUUCCGGCACCUGUCGUUCUACCUGUUCGAUAGAGACGUCUUCCGGAGGGACUCCAUCAUAGGGAAGGUGGCCAUCCGCAAGGAGGACCUGCCCAAGUACCACAACAGGGACACCUGGUUCCAGCUGCAGCACGUGGACGCCGACUCCGAGGUGCAGGGCCAGGUCCACCUGGAGCUGCGGCUGAGCGAGGUCAUCACAGACUCGGGCGUCGUCUGCCACAAGCUGGCCACGCGCGUCGUGGAGUGCCAAGGCCUCCCCAUCGUGAACGGGCAGUGUGACCCUUACGCCACGGUGACCCUGGCAGGACCACUCAGGUCGGAAGCCAAGAAGACAAAAGUGAAAAAGAAGACCAACAACCCCCAGUUUGACGAGGUGUUUUACUUUGAGGUGACCAGGCCCUGCAGCUACAGCAAAAAGUCCCACUUCGACUUCGAGGAGGAGGACGUGGACAAACUGGAAAUCAGAGGCGUUUAUUUCCUCUUCGUGAGAGUGAGGACAAGUGUGCAGGCGGCUCCGCGGCCCCCAGGGAUCACGGCAGUGGGAGUUGACCUCUGGAACGCCAGCAACUUGAAGUUCGGGGACGAGUUCCUGGGAGAGCUGCGGAUCCCGCUGAAGGUGCUGCGCCAGUCCGGCUCCCACAAGGCCUGGUACUUCCUUCAGCCCCGGGACAACGGCAGUAAGAGCCCGAAGCCGGACGAUCUGGGGUCCCUGCGGCUGAACGUGGUGUACACCGAGGACCACGUGUUUUCCUCCGACUACUACAGCCCUCUGCGGGAGCUGCUGCUCAAGUCUGCCGACGUGGAGCCCGUGUCCGCGUCGGCGGCCCACAUCCUGGGCGAGGUGUGCCGGGAGAAGCAGGAGGCGGCCAUCCCGCUGGCGCGGCUCCUGCUGCACGCGGGCAGGGUGGUGGCCUUCGUGAGCGCCAUCGCCAGCGCCGAGGUGCAGAGGACGCAGGACCCCAACACCAUCUUCCGGGGAAACUCGCUGACGUCCAAGUGCAUCGACGAGACGAUGAAGCUGGCGGGCAUGCACUACCUGCACGUCACGCUGGGGCCGGCCAUCGAGGAGAUAUGCCAGAGCCACAAGUCUUGUGAGAUCGACCCGGUGAGGCUGAAAGACGGAGAAAACCUCGAGAACAACAUGGAGAACCUGCGGCAGUUCGUGGACCACGUCUUCCACGCCAUCACCACGUCCGGGGUGAGCUGCCCCACGGUCAUGUGCGACAUCUUCUUUUCCCUCCGGGAGGCGGCCGCCAAGCGCUUCCAGGACGACCCGGACGUGCGGUACACGGCCGUGAGCAGCUUCAUCUUCCUGCGGUUCUUCGCCCCGGCCAUCCUCUCCCCCAACCUCUUCCAGCUCACGCCGCACCACACGGACCCCCAGACCUCCCGGACCCUGACCCUGGUCUCCAAGACCAUCCAGACGCUCGGCAGCCUGUCCAAGUCCAAGUCCGCCAGCUUCAAGGAGUCCUACAUGGCCACGUUCUACGAGUUCUUCAACGAGCAGAAGUACGCGGACGCUGUGAAAAACUUCCUAGAUCUGAUCUCGUCCUCGGGGAGAAGAGACCCCAAGAGCGUAGAGCAGCCCAUCCUGCUCAAGGAAGGGUUCAUGAUCAAGAGGGCGCAGGGGAGAAAGCGCUUUGGGAUGAAGAAUUUCAAGAAGAGAUGGUUUCGCCUGACCAACCACGAAUUCACCUACCAGAAAAGCAAAGGGGACCCGCCGCUGUGCAGCAUCCCCAUCGAGAACAUCCUGGCGGUGGAGCGGCUGGAGGAGGAGUCCUUCAAGAUGAAGAACAUGUUCCAGGUGGUGCAGCCCGAGCGCGCGCUGUACAUCCAGGCCAACAACUGCGUGGAGGCCAAGGACUGGAUCGACAUCCUCACCAAAGUGAGCCAGUGCAACCAGAAGCGGCUCAGCGUCUUCCACCCGUCCGCCUACCUCAACGGCCACUGGCUGUGCUGCCGGGCGUCCUCGGACACGGCCGCGGGCUGCACGCCCUGCACGGGGGGCCUCCCAGCCAACAUCCAGCUGGACGUCGACGGGGACCGAGAGACGGAGCGGAUCUACUCUCUGUUCCUCACGUACAUGGCCAAGCUGGAGAAGAUGCAGGAGGCCUGCGGGAGCAAGUCCGUGUACGCCGGCCCCGAGCAGGAGGAGUACUCCACGUUCGUCAUCGACGACCCCCAGGAGACGUACAAGACGCUGAGGCAGCUCAUCGCCGGCGUCGGGGCCCUGGAGCAGGAGCACGCCCAGUACCGGAGGGACAAGUUCAAGAAGACGAGAUACGGAAGCCAGGAGCACCCCAUCGGCGACAGGACCUUCCAGAGCUGCGUCAGGCAGCAGUCGGAGACCUCCACGCAUUCCAUCUGACGUGCACGCCGCGAGGGGAGCAGGCACGAGGGCGGGCCGUGGCGCCUCCUCCCUGGGACCAGCGCAGCCACCGCACUGCCGAGCCACGCCGCCGGG